AGUGUGAACUCAGGAAACUGAAACUUACCCUGUCCCACUGCCCAGAGGGAGCCAUGGCUGCAGAGAGCCCCGUGGAAAGUCUCCAGGAGGAAGCGACAUGUCCUGUCUGUCUGGAGUAUUUCACAGACCCUGUCACUCUGGAGUGUGGGCACAAUUUCUGCCGAGCCUGCAUCGCCCAGUGCUGGGAGGGACCCGACACAGCCGCCUCCUGCCCUCAGUGCAGAGAAACUGUGCAACAGAGAAACCUCAGGCCCAACAGGCAGCUGGCAAAUGUCGUAGAGAUCGCCAAGCGGCUGAGUUUCCAGGCAGCAAAGGGAGCAGGAGGGGGUGGGGUGUGUGGGGAACACCAGGAGGCUCUGAAACUGUUCUGUGAAAAGGAUCAAACCCCCAUCUGUGUGAUCUGCAGAGAGUCCCGGGCUCACCGCGCUCACACGGUGGUUCCCAUACAGGAAGCUGCCCAGGAGUACAAGGAAAAAAUACAAGCCCUUUUGCAGACUCUGAGGGAAGAGAGAGAAAAGCUGCUGGGAUUGAAAGUGACUGGAGAGGAGAGAAGCCGGGAGUAUCUGAAACAGACAGAAACCGAGAGGCAGAAGAUUAUGUCUGAAUUUCACCAACUGCGGCAGUUCCUGGAAGAACAAGAGCGACUGCUGCUGGCCCAGCUGGAAAAGCUGGACAAGGAGAUUGUGAAGAUACAGAAUGAAAAUAUCACCAAACUCUCAGAGGGGAUUUCCCAUCUCAGUGAGCUGAUCAGUGAGAUGGAGGGGAAGUGUCAGAAGCCAACAAGUGAAUUCCUGCCGGAUGUCAGAAUCACCUUGAGUAGGUGUGAGAAGGGGAAGUUCCAGCAGCCAGAGGAGAUUUCUCCUGAACUGGAAGAGCAAGUCAGCGAUUUCUCCCAGAAAACUAUUGUGCUAAUGGAGACUCUGAGGAAGUUCAAAGACACUCUGCCAUCUGCACUGGAAUCCCUAGGAGCACACAGACAGGCGAAUGUGACUCUGGAUCCAGACACGGCUCAUCCCCAACUCGUCCUCUCUGAGGAUGGGAAAAGUGUGAGAUGGGGAAACACGCGGCAGCGACUGCCCGACACCCCUGAGAGAUUUGAUACUGAGCUCUGGGUGCUGGGCUGUGAGGGAUUCACCGCGGGGAGACAUUGCUGGGAGGUGGAGGUGGGGGGUGGGCGAUACUGGGCUGUGGGGGUGGCCAGAGAGUCUGUGGGGAGGAAGGGACGGAUCAGCCUUAGCCCUGAGCGGGGGAUCUGGGCUGUGGAGCAGUGGGGCGAUCAGUUCCGGGCUCUCACCUCCCCUGUGACCCCCCUGAGCCGGGCCCCCAGCAGGAUCCGGGUUUGUCUGGACUGUGACCGGGGGCAGGUGACAUUUAUCGAUGCUGGUGACGAGGCCCCGAUCUUCACUUUCCCGCCGGGCUCCGUCCCUGGGGAGAGAAUCCGCCCCUGGCUCUGGGUGGGGCUGGGAUCCCGGCUCCGCCUGUGUCCCUGAGACCCACAGCAGAGGGGGGACCGGAAAUCAGCCCCUCAAGCCUCACGGACCCCCCGUCUCUAUGACCUUGGAGGACUCCCAUCGACCCAGCCCCUGGCUCCUCAUCUCUACGACCCCUGGAAGCUCCUCCCCCUCCCUCCCUGCAGCCCCAGGCAUGGGAGGGGGAGGGGGAGGAACCCGUGGGGCUGCAGGAGGGGCAGAGGGGCCCUGAGG